CUUGAACGACAGUAGGAGAGAAAACUGUCUGUGUAUAAUGUUCAGUUUGAGAAAAGAUCAUUUUAGUGCUGCAAUCUAGAGACAGAACGGAUUUAUGAACUGAAUGAAGUUUGUGUUUGAUGUUCUUCAUUGAGACAGAGUGUUUUCUAGUGCACUGUAUCUAAUAUGAGUGUCUAUGAGAGAGAGAGGGGUGAUGUUCAGACACAUGAAGCAGCAUCUCCAGAACCCAGCUGUGUGUCUAUGAAGAGUGAUGAGUCCAUACAUGUUUCACCUAAUCUCAGUGACGGACAAAAGCAUCUGGAAAAAGCAUCUCCAGAACCCAGCUGUGUGUCUUUGAAGAGUGACGAGUCCAUACAUGUUUCACCUAAUCUCAGUGACGGACCAGGGACCUCUGACCCUGUAGUGAAGGGAGGUGAAGUGGUCAUAUCAGGGGUCCCCUGUCUGACCUGCACUGACCCUGACUCUCAGACCCUCAUCAGACAAAGAGUUAAAAACCAACACAAAACCAACAUGAAGAACAAGUAUGAGAGCUUAUUUGAGGUAAUCAAACUAGACGAGAAUCAAACCCUCCUGAACAGGAUCUACACACAGCUCUACAUCAUAGAGGGAGUUAGUGAAGGAGUGAAUGAAGAACAUGAGGUUUUACAGAUGGAGAAAACUGCCAGAACACAAGAUACUCAAAUCUACUGUAAUGACAUCUUUAAACCCUUACAUGAACCAAAAUGUAAGGAGAAAGAUAAAAUCAAGACCGUUCUUACUAAAGGCAUCGCUGGAAUUGGAAAAACUGUCUCAGUGCAGAAGUUCAUUCUGGACUGGACAGAGGGAAAAGCCAAUCAGGAUGUAGAUUUCAUGUUUGUGCUUCCAUUUCGAGAGCUGAACUUGAUUAAAGAUCACCAGUACAGUCUUCACAGACUUCUGCUGGACUUUCAUCCUGAACUUCAAGAACUGGACUCAAAGUUUUAUGAGGAGUGUAAAGUUGUGUUCAUCUUUGAUGGUCUGGAUGAAAGCAGAAUUAAACUGAUGUUUUCAAACAGACAGAGAGUUUGUGAUGUGAAUGAGUCUUCAUCAGUGGGUGUGUUGAUGUCAAACCUCAUCAGAGGAGAGCUGCUUCCCUCUGCUCUCAUCUGGAUCACCUCCAGACCAGCAGCAGCCAAUCAGAUCCCCUCAAAAUACAUCAACCGUGUGACAGAAAUUCAGGGAUUCAAUGAGCCUCAAAAGGAGGAAUAUUUCAGGAAGAGGAUCAGUGAUGAGCAUCAAGCCAACAAAAUCAUCUCACACAUUAGAAGAUCAAGAAGCCUCCACAUCAUGUGUCACAUCCCCGUCUUCUGCUGGAUCUCAUCCACUGUGCUUCAGAACCUCCUGAAACGAGAUGAGAGUGCAGAAAUCCCUCAAACUCUUACUGAAAUGUACAUCCACUUCCUGCUGACUCAGAUCAACAUGAGGAAUCAGAAGUAUGAUGAGAGAGAUCCAGAGAAACUCCUGAAGUCCAACAGAGAUGUGAUUGUGAAACUUGCCGAACUGGCUUUCAAUCAGCUGAUGAUGGGCAAUGUGAUGUUCUAUGAGGAGGACUUGAUUGAGAGCGGCAUAGAUGCCACUGAUGCCUCAGUGUAUUCUGGGAUUUGUACUGAGAUCUUUAAGGAGGAAUCUGUGAUCCAUCAGAGGAAAGUCUACUGCUUCAUUCAUCUGAGCUUUCAGGAGUUUUUAGCAGCUUUCUUUCUGAUUUACUCUCAUAUUGUCAAGAAUAAUGAAUCACUGGAGUUGUUUCUGAAUGAAAGACGCAUGCGAUACAAUCAGAAAAUCUCUAUGUAUGAUCCUAUGAUUCAAUGGGUUGACACCCCGGAUAACUGUCUGAUUGACUUUGAUUCACUUGGCUUUACAAAUGGCUUUCUGGAUCACUUUCCAGAUCACAGUCUAGAUCACUUUCCGGAUCACUUUCCAGAUCACACUCUGGAUCACACUCCAGAUCACUUUCUGGAUCACAAUCUGGAUCACUUUCCGGAUCACACUCUGGAUCACACUCCGGAUCACUUUCCAGAUCAGACUCCGGAUCACUUUCCGGAUCACACUCUGGAUCACACUCUGGAUCGCACUCCGGAUCACACUCCGGAUCACACUCCAGAUCACUUCCUGGAUCACACUCUGGAUCACACUCCGGAUCACUUUCCGGAUCAGACUCCGGAUCACUUUCUGGAUCACACUCUGGAUCACUUUCCGGAUCACUUUCCAGAUCACACUCUGGAUCGCACUCUGGAUCGCACUCCGGAUCACUUUCUGGAUCAGACUCCGGAUCACACUCCAGAUCACUUUCUGGAUCACACUCUGGAUCACACUCCGGAUCACUUUCCGGAUCAGACUCCGGAUCACUUUCCGGAUCACACUCUGGAUCACUUUCCGGAUCACUUUCCAGAUCACACUCUGGAUCACUUUCCGGAUCACUUUCCAGAUCACACUCUGGAUCACACUCCGGAUCACUCUCUGGAUGAACUUAUAGAAGUAGCAGUUGAUAAAUCCUUACAGAGUAAAAAUGGACACCUAGAUCUUUUCCUGCGGUUCCUGCUGGGUGUCUCACUAGAGUCCAAUCAGAGACUCUUACAGGAUCUACUGACACAAACAGUGAACAGCUCAGAGACCAUCAAUAGAAUCAUUCAGUACAUUAAAGACAAAAUUAAGGGCGAUGAAUGUCUCUCAGCUGACAGAUGCAUCAAUCUUUUCCUCUCUCUUCUGGAAAUGAAUGAUCAGACACUGUACAAAGAGAUUCAGGAGUUUGUGAAAUCAGAGAAUCACUCAGGGAAUCGACUCUCUCCUGGUCAGUGCACAACAAUUGCCUACAUGCUUCAGAUAUCAGAGGAGGUGCUGGAUGAGUUUGAUCUGAAGAAAUACAACACAUCAGAUGAGGGUAGAAGGAGUCUGAUACCAGCUGUGGUGAACUGCAGAAAAGCUCUACUUGCUGACUGUUAUCUCACUGCUCAGUGCUGUGAAAGUUUGUCUUCAUCUCUACAAUCAUCAAAAUCACUGCGAGAGCUGGAUCUAAGUAACAAUGACCUGCAGGAUUCAGGAGUAAAGCUUAUGUCUGAUGGACUGAAGAGUUCACACUGUCAACUCAACAUACUGAGAUUGGCAGGUUGUAUGUUGACUGGUACAAGCUGUGAAAGUUUGUCUUCAUCUCUACAAUCAUCAAACUCCCAUCUGAAAGAGCUGGACCUGAGUAACAAUGACCUGAAAGAUUCAGGAGUGAUGUUGCUCUCUGAUAGUCUGAAGAGUGAACAAUGUCAACUCAACAUAAUAAGAUUGGCAGGUUGUAUGUUGACUGGUACAAGCUGUGAAAGUUUUUCUUCAUCUCUACAAUCAUCAAACUACAAUUUGAAAGGGCUGGACCUGAGUAACAAUGACUUGAAAGAUUCAGGAGUGAUGUUGCUCUCUGAUAGUCUGAAGAGUUCACACUGUCGACUCAACAUACUGAGAUUGGCAGGUUGUAUGUUGACUGGUACAAGCUGUGACAUUUUGUCUUCAUCUCUACAAUCAUCAAACUCCUAUCUGAAAGAGCUGGACCUGAGUAACAAUGACCUGCAAGAUUCAGGAGUGAUGUUGCUUUCUGAUAGUCUGAAGAGUUCACACUGUCGACUCAACAUACUGAGAUUAUCUGGCUGUAUGGUGACAGAGGAAGGAUGUUGUUUUCUGGCUUCAGCUCUGAGGUCAAACCCCUCACACUUGAGAGAGCUGGAUCUGAGCUAUAAUCACCCAGGACAAUCAUUAGUCAAGCUGCUUUCUGAUCCAAACUACAGACUGGAGAAACUCAAUUUGGAUCAUGGAGGAGAGUUCAGGAUUGCAGCAGGACUCCACAAAUAUGCUUGUGAUCUCACACUGGAUCCAAACACAGCAAGCCCUUUCCUUAUUCUGUCUGAAGCGAACAGAAAGGUGACAUUUGUGAAUGAGCGUCAGUCAUAUCCUGAUCUUCCAGAGAGAUUUGAAUAUGAUUAUCAGGUUCUGUUCAGAGAGAGUCUGUCUAAAUGCUGUUACUGGGAGGUUGAAUGGAGAGGAAUUGGUGCUGUUAUACCAGUGACAUAUAAUCGAAUCUGCAGAAAAGGACAGAGUCCUGACGGUUGGUUUGGACGCAAUAAACACUCUUGGUGUUUGAUCUGUUCUAAGAACACAAUCUCUAUCUGUCACAUUCAUAUGGAUACUCCCAUACAUGUCCCUUCACACUCCUAUAAGAGAAUAGGAGUGUAUCUGGACUGGGCGGCCGGCCGUCUGUCCUUCUACACCGUCUCAGAUACACACAAACUCGAACACUUACACACAUUCAACAGCACAUUCACUGAACCCCUCUAUGCUGGAUUCGGUUUUAUGGCUAAUGAAUAUAACUCCUCAGUGUCUCUGUGUCAAAUUUAAAAACCUAUGAGCAACAACAGAGACAUCACACACUCCUGACUUAAAGAAAUGCUUUCUUUCUAUAUGUGUUUUAUAUACUUCAACAUUUAUAUUAUACACUAAAGUGAAUGUGUAGGGGUUUUUUAGCAUAAAAUUGGUGUGAUUUAUGUGGCAUAAUGCCACACUCUUAAUGCCUUUUACAGGUUCAUUUUUCUCAAAAAUGCAUCAUUUAGAAGUGACUCAGUUAAGUUGGAUUUAUUUAGAAUAUUAAGCAUAUUCAUUUUGACAAAUUCAGUUAUUUGAACAUAGUUUAGUUGAAAUAUCUUUAUGAA